CGUCUUUACUUCUGAAGUUGCUUGUUUCGGCUUUGGUGUUUCUUCCUUUCUUCGGUUGACCCCGUACCUUGGUCUUUUACUUCCGCUUUCAGUUGCUUUUUCGUUAUUGAUUCUCAAAAUUUCGAUCCAGGUGAAUGUUUUCUAGUCCUUCCUUGAGUUCUGUACUUACCUUUCUCUGCUCUUUUUGUGUAUUUUCUUGGCCAGUUGUCGUUGCUCGCUGGGUCGUUGAUGGGCCACUCAUUGCCACGACGGGAGAUGCCCGGCACCCCUUAUCACCAUGUUAUCCUUAUCUUAUCUCAUCAGUGUUUCAUCAUUCUUUUAGCUCGGGUUUGGAAACAACGGGGCAACAACGGGGCUCAUUGCAUCAUCGUUAUCGGUUAGAGGUGUCAUGUCGUUGUCAUCGUCAUCAUCAUGGGCGUAAAUUUGGGAAUCAUGGAAGGGGCGUUUUAUGGUACCUCUAGUGUAUUUUUUCGAGGCUUUUCGCCGUUUCGGUGCGACUACCGAGAUUGGGUUACUUUUGUCUUUUCUUGCCACCGUGACGACGAGAAGACGAGAAAAGGAAGAGGAGGGGAAUGAAACAGAAAGAAA